AUGGUCCCCACAUACGUCCGCCCUCCGCCCAUGUUCCAGAAGGGAGAAGGCUGCUUCUUGUGGGAUGUUGAGAACAGACAAUACCUCGACUUCACAUCAGGAAUCGCCGUCAAUGCUCUGGGUCACUGUGAUCCCGAGAUGUCCAAGCUGCUCGCUCAGCAAGCGCAAACCCUCGUACACACCUCCAACCUAUACCACAACCCCUGGACCGGCGCAUUGUCUAAGCUGCUCGUGGAAAAGACGGUCGAAUCAGGCGCCAUGGCCGACGCGGCACGAGCAUUCAUCUGCAACUCUGGCUCCGAAGCCAACGAGGCCGCCAUCAAGUUCGCUCGCAAAUGCGGUCGCACCGCCGAUGAAUCGGGAAACAAGCACGAGAUUGUCUCGUUCCACAACUCUUUCCACGGACGCACAAUGGGCUCCUUGUCAGCCACUCCCAACCCAAAGUACCAGAAGCCUUUUGGCCCCAUGGUUCCUGGCUUCAGAUACGGCACUUACAACGACAUCUCUGCCAUCAACGACCUCGUCACUGAGAAGACCUGUGGUGUCAUCAUCGAGCCCAUUCAGGGUGAGGGCGGUGUCAACGUCGCAACCGACGACUUCCUACUCGCCCUCCGACGCCGCUGCACAGAAGUCGGCGCCAUCCUCAUCUACGACGAGAUCCAAUGCGGUCUCGGACGCACCGGCACCAUGUGGGCUCACGGAGCUCUCCCCAAGGAAGCACACCCCGACGUGCUCACCACCGCAAAGGCCCUCGGCAACGGCUUCCCCAUCGGCGCCACCAUUGUCACCGAGAACGUCUCCAGCAAAAUCGUCACUGGCGACCACGGCACCACUUUCGGCGGAAACCCUCUGGGCUCUCGUCUUGCACACUACAUCGUUGGCCGUCUGUCCGGCGCCGAGAUCCAAGAUGGCGUGCUUGCAAAGGAAAAGAUCUUCCGCCAGCGUUUCGAGCAAUUGAAGAACAAAUACUCCGAUGUCAUCACCGAGGUUCGUGGACGUGGUUUAUUGCUCGGUGUGCAGCUAUCUCAAGAUCCCACUCCUGUGAUCACUGCUGCCCGUGAACGCGGUCUGCUGAUCAUUACUUGCGGAACCAACACACUCAGAUUUGUGCCUCCGCUCAUCGUCUCCGAGACCGAGAUCAACCAAGGCAUGGAUAUUCUUGAGGAUGCCAUGAAGGCUGUUUUCAGAACCGAUGAGCACAUUCCCGGUACUGAUGGCCAGCAAGAGAUGCGUGCCUCGUAG